UCCCCUGUGGUGUUCAGUUGGAGAGGACGAGCGCUUGGUCGACAUUUUAGCACUGCAUCAUCAAGACUGACGUGGGGAAUACGUGGGCAGAGGGUCGAGCCAUCCACUCCUACCAUAAUUAGUGACGAGUCUGACUACGUAAAACUUUGUCCGAUGACCAUGGACACAGCGGUUGCGUCAUCACAGCAGGAUGGAAGUGUUGAUUACUCUCUGUCUGAUGAAGAACCAAGUCAGAGCGAAUCCAACUCACCGACUGCUGUACUUACUCAGGUUUCCGGAACAGGAGACUCCGCUGGCAUGACAGUGGUGCAGUUACCUGUUGAGCAGACAGUUCAGGUCCAGGCUGUCAUCCAGGCUCCUCAGGCCUCUGUCAUCCAGUCACCACAGAUGCAGACUGUACAGAUCACCUCUAUAGCUGGGCUUGAAGGUGGGGAGUCGGCAGUCACAGACACACAGAAAAGAAGAGAGAUUCUCUCAAGACGCCCAUCUUAUCGAAAAAUCCUCAAUGAACUAUCAACGGAUUCCUCCUCAAUUCCAAGAAUUGAGGAGGAGAAACCUGAAGAUGAGGUUCCACCCUCCAGUGUCUCUUCAGUUCAAGUUCCAACUUCAAUCUAUCAGACCAGCUGUGGCCAAUACAUUGCCAUCACCCAGGGGGGAGCCAUCCAGAUAGCCAGCCCAGGCAGUGAGGGCCUCCAGGGUGUACAGUCGCUGGCCAUGUCCAACUCUGGUACCCAGAUCCUGCAGUACGCAUCCCAGGCAGGGGACUCUGGACAGCAGUUAUUCUCUGUGCAAGGUGGCCAGAUGGUGAUACAAGCUGCCACUGGAGAUAUGCCAGGGUACCAGCUGCGUUCGCCCACUUCGGGCCUACCCCAGGGCCUGGUGAUGGCUGCGUCCCCAGGCUCCCUGUCCAUGCACAGCCCCCCGGUGCACACUGAGGAGGUCACACGCAAGAGGGAGGUCCGCCUCAUGAAGAACAGGGAGGCUGCACGGGAGUGCCGCAGGAAAAAGAAAGAGUAUGUCCGGUGUCUGGAGAACCGCGUGGGCGUGCUGGAAAACCAAAACAAGACCCUCAUCGAGGAACUCCGAGCAUUAAAGGACAUUUACUGCCACAAGAACGAGUAGCUCAGUAGCUGUACUCAGCCUUGUGCCAGGAGAGAGAGAUCCUACUAAAAAGGCUCAUAUAGUUCAGUUUACAGACUGACUGCUCUAAAAGACUGGAACAAAAACUACUUUCACUGUCUACUCCGCUUUUUCAGGCCCAGUCACUUUGAUACUGCAUCAGAGGUUGUCAGGCGGCCAUAGGCUUGUGCUCUCCGGGCACAAGUCAAGUCUUGCUCUGGCCCAGGGCCCCUGUCUGUCCUCACUCAUGCUCUUGCAAGUGAAUACACAAGUGUCGCCCAGCCGCGUUUUGCUUUUGCUAUUUUCAGUGAGGCAACCAAUGAGAAGCCAGCCUGCAGAGGAAAAGGAAGUACAUGUGCUUCCUGAAGGCACACCGCUCACCACCACUGACUCACCACAGUGGAGAAGCAAAAGCUAAAGACCUGCGUUAGAGCCUCAUUAUCAGCCAGCAAGUUUGUGCAAGCAGACUCACCAGCAAGCCAACCUACCUUAGCCUAAGUGCCAGUCUGUUUAUGCUAUCAUGCCAACUCCUCGUUACUUAUUGUCAUGUUUGGCUUGACAAUGAAACCAAUCAAGUUGGCAAGAGCACCAAUAGAUCUAGGACCAGGCUAAACCUACCCAUCUUUACUUUUCACUGCUAGCUAGAGUUGUUCUUAUAUUUCUAUUCUCAUCUUGGCUGUUGUCAACAUUCCUUUGUGAAAUGAGAUGAACCUCUUCUUUCAGGACGAAGUGUGACGAGUAAAUACACUUUCUACAUCAUUGAAGUUUUGGAAUGCUGUAUUUGGCCAUUUGAAUCCAUUCAAAAAUGUUUAUGACUUAAAGGUCCAAUGCAACCGUUUUGAUCUCCAUAGCAACUAUUUCCUGGGCUACAAUAAAGUACCUUACUGUGAUUGUUUUCAAUUAAAGUGGUCAAAAAUAAACCAAAAUUUGCUUCUUAGCAAAGAGCUAUUUCUCAAGCAAGAAUUUAGCUUGGGCUGUCUGGGAAUGGUCUGAGCUGUUAUUGGCAGAGAGGUUUGGAACGCUCUUUCUUACAGGUCUAACUAAUUUACCACCAGGAAGACCAAAACACCAUCCCACAAAAACAGGCUGAAAUUUCAGAUAUUUUUUUCAAACAGCUCUUCCACUAAAAGGGCAUUAUUGUCAUAUAGAAAAUGACAAUUUCACAGCAUUAUUCCAACCUCAUAGUUUUGAAAUGAUUUUAAAACACAUGCAAAUCUAGUUUGACCGCACUGGGCCUUUUAAUGUGUUACUUGAAUUAAUGUGUAAGACCCAGUGUCAAGGAUGUAUCUAACAUGCUAGCUUAUUUGUCCUGGGAUAUAAAUAUUGGGUUGAUAUUUUACCUGAAAUGCUGAAUGGUCCUCUUUACCUGAAAAGUCCUCUACCAAAUUUGUUUCUCCUCAUCUCUCCUCCUUCCUUCAGGCUUCUUUUUUUUCUUCUUGAGACUUCAUAUGGAGGUUGGAAACCAACAUUACACCCACAUAGGUAUAUGCUCCUAAAAUCCAAUGAGGAGAUUUGAGAGGCAGGACUUGCAGCACAGCGCGUUGAGCGUCACAAAUAGAAACAAGUUCUAUUUUAGCACCCGGCUACGCAGUUGCUCGCUAACGCGCGCAAUGAUUGAAUGCCUUUUACUUGAUGUGCUCUUUUCAAAUGGCACAGUUCAAUUUAAAAAAUAAACAUGACAUGCCCCUCAGAGGAAUUUAAAUUAAAUAAUUAUAUAUUUAUAGCCAUUAUCUCACCAAGACCAUGUUGAAAUGACUACUGCUAUGCUACUCUUUCAAAAUGGCUACAUUUUCCGUUUACUGAAUGGCUCACCAAUCGUUCUCAACUUUGUCUGUCUUGGAACAUUACUGUGAAUUAAAUGUGAAUUACUUUCUAAUAACAGGUAGGGUGUGUCCCAAAUGGCCCCCUAUUCCCUUUAUAGAGCACUAUUUUAACCAGAGUCUUAUGGGUCAAAAGUAGGUCAAAAGUAGUGCACUAAAUAAGGAAUAGUGUGCCAUUUGGGACAUGCAUAGAGUUCAUGACUGCUCUGUUUAAAGGGUAUUGCUAAUGAAUGUCCAUGAGACUACAGACUUGACUGAUGAAGCCGCUUCAUUUUAUUUUCUCACACCAGUUCUGCUUGCGUGAUUUUGCACCCUCCCGCUUGCUUUGAAUUUUGUGGUAACCUUUCUUUCCGUUUACAUGUAUACGUCCUUUGUAUGUUGUCAUGCCAGUGGUUAUACAUUUCAGGUGAGAUGUCAAAUCAGAUGAAAAAGAAAAUUGAUCUCAGUAAAUGUUGUUGGAUAGAUUUGAAGAGCAUGUCAAACAGUUUAGCUCUUAACCAGUUGUACAGCUCGCAUUGAUCCCUGCUAUGUUUGUAAAUUGUUUAAAAAAAAAUACUAUUUCUAAUAAAAUUUCCAAAAGUUCAUACCAGAA